CGGUCAUGCACUUUGGCCUUCAAUAAAGCCACCACACACAUGCCUGCAGCACAGGGCAGUCAGUGUUGGCGAACAAAGUGGCGAGUAGGCGUACACACGUACACACAUGCGACGCUCAUACCAUACAGCGGUCCCUACAGCUGCGCCAUAUGGCUGGCCCCAGCCAACAUGAGGAUUAGUCGAAAAGCACCCAUUUUCGCACUCUCCAUUGGCUACAAGGAAGUGACACUACGGUGCGGCUGCUGGCCAGUUGACGGCAGUGUGUCUCUAAAUUCGGUGAUGAGCCUGAUGACGGUGUCCCGCGUGACAGGCUUCUCAAUGAUUUCAUCAAACAUUUCCUCAACAGCGGGGUAUUCCGCCUUCAACAUCUGCACACACCACACAACACACAGUUGAAACACACACACACACAUGCCCUCCCUGACGGACCACUUUGGCCUGUGCCGUGCACAAGAUCAGGUGAAUCGGCAGCGCCACUCUCCCCUCCCUCUGCCAUUCCCGCAUCAUCUCUGCAGCCUCAUAUCCGUUGACGUUGGGCAUCUGCAGGUCGCUCAACACCCAUAGCACCCCCGCCUCUGCGGAAUGGCCGAGCGACGCGACUUUUUCGAGCAGCUGCUGCCCGUUCUCGAGCACCACGAGCUGAGACGCUGGCAGACCCAGCUUCACAAAAACGCGGGAAAGCGCCAACCUGUGCAAGUAAGGGGGCGAGCUUCAAAUCAUGUCGGGGGCGAAUACAUGCAGUGGCGGGCGUACCGCUUGAUGUAGUCGUCAUCGCACUGCAUAUAUUGAAGAACAAGACAAAAAGGAGAAAAAUACGUCCCCUGUCUCGUUGUGCUUCCGCCAGUGCAGUGUCCUCAUUCUUACCACGAUGAACACCACGCCCCUCUCCAGCAUGUCGCUGAAGACAUCCUGCAAGGGGCCGCUCACGGUGCCCUUGGCCCUGUCCUUCUCACAGCUGACACUCGGCCGUGACGAGGGUGCUCUGCUCGAGGGCAUGGGAGACACGGGGAGGAAUGGGGCGAAGCUGGCUGGGGCUGCGGUGGGAUCGUGGGCCCCAUAGACAAGGAAGCGUAGCUUGGCUGUCGUUCCCCUGUUCUCGCCUUCACAUAAGUCACAGAGAAACAAGUGAGGAGCGGAGACAUGUGAUGCUUCGGUCAGUGCUCACUCUCGAGGAUGCAGUCGCCCCCCAUAUUGAGCAGGAUGGCCCGAGAGAUGCCCAGCCCUGAUCAACAUCACUCGUGUGAUCCAGUGUGAGUGGCUUCGCAGCUCAGCCCCCUCUUUGCGUACCGAGUCCUUGUCCCAGCAGACUGUCCAUUGACCUCGCCUGCGCGAAGUCGUCGAAGAUAGCGGACAGCUUGGCCUUGUCGAUGCCUUUGCCGGAAUCCCUCACACCAAUACACACUCUGUAAGCCUCUACGCCAGAAGUGACCAGACGGUCGGGGGCGCUGCAGAUGCUGUCUCGUGGGUGCGAGGCAUUCUUGUCCGGUUGCCGUGGGAGGGAUGAUGUGGAGGGCAUACGUGGGGGGAUGGAUGCUGCCCCUGCUGCUGAAGGUGCUACUGUUGCUGCUGCCGUGUCCACUGGCAUUGCGAUUUGGAUGGACUCCGGAGGUCUGGCUGUGAGACUCUUGUGGCGAGGGUUUUCACGCAGCCAUGGAGGGUUGUUUGGUGCAGUCUCAUGAAACUGACGCAAAAGGGAGCAGACACAUCCGGUCGUGCCAUCCUUGUCCCCUCUUGUGCCUUGUACCUUUUGCAACUCGGCGAUGCCAUGACCGGCUACCCCACACUCUAGCCAUAUAUGGAUGCUGCCACGGUCUGUGUACUUGGUGGCGUUGUUGAUCACGUUGUUCAGGCUGCAGCGAGGGCAGAAAGGGAAAAGGGAGACACUAUGGACCAGGAUCUGUUCGCGACAUCUGUCCAGCCACCCACCACUGAGUGAAGCGUGUCUUGUCGACCCAUACCCACCAGCCGGCGAGCGGCUUCAGCGACGACCACUCCACAUCGAACUGAAGACCCUUCAUCCGAAUCGCAGGCCAAUUGAUCUGCACACACACACACAGAUACACACAGAUACACACAUACACAUGGACGCUGAGAGGUUUUAUGCUCGGUAGAAGGCUAACUACCUUCAAAACAUUCUCAAUUAGCUCAAGGAAUCGGCACCAAUCGCAGGCCAGCUCCAUGAGAGUGAAGUUCAGUGGCUGUGUUGGCGUUGAAGGCAUUUGAAGCAGCUUUGUCCUUGUCCUUGCUAGUCUUCCUUUCCAACACGACCUGCUGUCGCUGCGACUAUAGAGCAGCUCUGACGGGCUCUGCAGAGGGCGAGGCGACUGCCUGUGGUGCUGCAUCCGGCUAAUUUCGAGCAAGUUGUUGGUCAGCGACAGCAUGUACUGACAUUAAUACACACACAAACAUGGAGGAUGGGUUUGUUGAGCGUUCUGCAUAUGUCUCUGUAGUGCUCACAUGGCUUCCGGCCUCAAUGGUGUCGCAAUGGGAGAAGGCUGUUACACACAAAGAAGAGACCAUAAUUGCUGCACGACUCACGAGUCUUGCUGCGGCAAAGAUCACCUGAGUGGUCAGGCUUGAAACCUUCGUCUUUCAGCUCUUCUUUGAUGAAAUCGGCGCUGUUGACGACACCUUCGAGCGGGGUUUUGAGGUCAUGGGUGAUUUUGGAGAAGAUGGAUCGUUGCAGCUGCAUCAGGUCGUAUGUGCGCUUCUGCUCCUUCUCCAACUGAUAUGUGAAGACCACAGUGCCACCUUAUGUCCAUCCUGUUGGCUGGAUUGGGUGUUUUCUCGCGUGCCUCCUUUGCCUCGAAGAGUUUACUGUGGAUGAAGGACCGGAAGACAAACUCACUCUGAGACGACAUCCGCAGCAGCAAAAGAAAAGACGCUGAAUGCAUACAAAACGGGAGAAAUGGAGGCGUCUCUGCUUGAGCUUGAUUUGACCGACCUGUGAAUCCGAUGAUGCGCUCAAGAGAGUUCGGCCACCGAUGUAAGAGCUCUGUGAUGACCACGGUCACAUACUGCGGGAGAAAGACGAGGAAAGUCAGACCUGGGGAUGCACAAGAGGCGCUAUGUGGCCAUUCAUGGCACUCUUGUGGGUCUCCUCGGAUUUACGUACCUGUGUUGUUCCUGACGGUCAUCCAAGUCGUGACAACGCACAGAAAGUGGAUUCUCUCGGCAGACGCCUCGCGAAGAUGGCCGCAGAGGCCGUCAUCGAUCCCCCCGCACUCGUUGCUAAAAUGAAACGUCUUGAACGACAAUCUCGCAUGCAGCGCCGUGCCGGUCAGCGCCACGGCCACCGUUACAAUCAUUGCCCACAAAUCAUAGCGAAGUUGCCGUCUUGUCUUGCGCUUUGCCGGAGAGAUUGCCACGUACACGUAGGCCCAGAACACCCCGACCAUGACAAAGAUCCAGAGCUCUGCAUCAAAUUGCAAGAAGAGCAAUUCCUGUCAUGUGCGUUUCAUGUGUAUCGCUGUUCCUCUUGGCUUACGUAUAUAGAGCCACCAAGUGAAGACGCCAUGGAUGAAAAGGUCGCGCAGGGAGACAAAGCCCGUUCCUGCGCACACUAUGGGUCCAAGCGUCGCCGCAGACACGCGCAGUCCGUACCGGCAGUCCUCCAACAGCUGACCGAAGUACUGUUCUGUCGGGGAUACACACAAGGGCAUUCCAUCCAAUUCUAUGUGUGUGCCCCCUCCGUCUAUCUGCAAUGACCUUCCAGCUCCGGGAGCGUGAACUCCAUGUGAAGCUGGCAGACGAGCCGCAGACAAGAGGGCAGCCACGCCUCCCACUUGCAGUACGCUCCUAUUUCAGGCCAUGUCUUGCCCCGAUGGGGCACAAAGCUUUGGAUGGCCCUCAUCCAGUGCCGACGGGGAGGGCCGAAAUUGG